AGAGCACCAUGGAGCCCUCAGAACCACACAUUGUCGGCAGUCAGCAAGGAGAAAGAUCGCUCGCCGGUAGAUCUUUGGAGGAGGAACGUGAGAGUCCAGGUCAGAAAAAACGCCAACUCGUCGCAUCGAAUGAUGAUUUCAACAAGACAACAGCAGAACCUGCCUGCACCGAUGAUCAUUUCCGACACCGUAUGAACGAAGCCUGCCUGCCGUUGAGGACCAAUGGCCGCUUAUUUGCUCGUGGCUUGCGACGCAAGCAUAAGUUUCUGCAUCAGCUGAACCCCACCACGCCGAUCACGCAGGAUUGGGGCGAUUUCUAG